AUGUCUGCGGCAAAGGUCACCAAAAGAUACUGCCUCGUCACGGUCGGCGCGACGGUCGGCUUCAGAAAGCUGACCGCUGCGGUUCUCGAGCCCGAUUUUUGGCGGCAUCUGGCCGGUCACGGCUUCACGGAGCUGCGCGUCCAGUGCGGGCCGGAUGAGCCCUGGGCAGCCGCCCAAGUCGAGAGCCACAAGGACGAUAUCCCGCAGUCCCUCUCAGUCCAAGUCUUUGCAUCGAGAAACAAUCUCCUGAUGGAGGAGAUGACGCUGUGCAAGGCGUUGGGCAAGGGGCGAUCCAAGGGCCUCAUCAUCGGCCACGCAGGCACGGGGACGAUACUGGACGCGUGGAGGAUCGACGUCCCCAUGGUGGUCGUGCCCAACACGGAGCUCCUCGACGACCACCAGACCGAGAUGGCCCGGCACCUGGCGCGGGAGGGCUACGCGACCCAGGCCAAGGCAGAUCUUGCGGAUCUCAAGGAGGCAGUGGAUAAGGCGAAGCUGCUCGCGGAGGAAAACAAGAGCCGUAACCCGCCGCACGCCAUCUCCGGGAGCAAGCCGGCGAUGCGGCUGUGGGACAUGGUCCCGGAGGAGGUGCGGGAGGAGCAGAAUCAGCAAAUGGCCACCGACUAG